AUUGUGGUUAAUGAUUGAGCGUAACACUUGUUAUCUUUACUCUCAGCUCACAGCCUCUGUGACACACAUGCAACAGCAUUGAUUUGGUUCAUUGGUUCAUGCUGGGAAGCUAAGACAUCAUGCAGGGAUAUUAACACAAUGUUCAUGGGAAAAUGAGAGGCCUGAUAAUUGGAGACAGCAUCUCAGAGGAUGGAGAGCCAAAAAACACAGUCUGAGAAACCUGAUCCAGGCCUUGCACAGUCCUUAGGAACAUAUUUAUCAUAUUACGAGCAUGAAGAAAUGAAAAGAGAUGGCAGUCGUCCUGACUGUGAGACAGAGGAAAACAAGGACCCAUCGUCUCAGAUUGUCUCAUGUGCCCAUGCAGAUUCAGCUCCCGACCUGGAGUGGUUCCCGGAGGGACGCUUCGUCUGGCUUGUUGUCCUGGCAGCCACCUGGUGCAAUGGAUCAAUCUUUGGGAUUCAGAAGUCUUUUGGAAUCAUACAUAUGAUGCUUGUUAAAGCUCACGAGGACUCAAAUAAUGAAGUUUCUCAGUUUGCAAUAGCCUGGGUUGGUGCUCUGGCCAUGGGAAUGGUCUUUCUCUGCUCCCCCCUGGUCAGUAUUGUCACUGAUCACUUUGGCUGCAGGGUGACGGCCAUUUGUGGGGCCCUUGUGGCUUUCUUGGGACUUCUGACAAGUUCAUUCACCAUGUCGUUAGGUUUGUGGUACUUCACCUAUGGGGUUCUGUUUGGCUGUGGCUCCUCCUUUGUCUUCUUGCCUUCUCUGGUGACCCUGGGACACUACUUCCCUCAGCGCCUCGGCCUGGUCAACGGGGUGGUGAUGGCAGGCAGCAGUGUUUUCUCCAUAAGCCUGCCCGCCCUGCUGGAGGAGGUGGGGACACCGCUGGGCCUCAGCACCACCUUUCAGAUCCUCAGUGCCCUCAUGCUAAUCCAGGCAGCCCUGGCAUUCUCCUUCAGCUCACGCCUUUACCACAGGAAUUUGUCCACUAACACGGCCCAGCAUUCAUUUGCCAACCUGAGCAGUGGCUGGCAGCAGGGCCUGGCACAGACCAGGAGGUACUGCAACCUUGGAGUGUUUCACCUCCCUAAUUACAGGGUGUGGGCUUUUGGGGUGGCUACGGCUAUGCUGGGCAACUUUGUGCCCUACAUUUACCUGAUGAGUUUUGUGGAGGAGCAGUUUGUGGAGACGCCAGUGAAGGAGUGGGUCCUCCUGGUGUGUAUCGGGGUGACCUCCUGCGUAGGACACCUGCUGUUUGGCAGGGUGGGAGACCUGCUCCAUGGGGCACGCAAGAUCUACCUGCAGGCAGGCUCCUUCAUGGUGCUGGGCUUGGUGUCUAUGCUGGUUCCUCUGUGUGUCAGGUUUGAGGGGCUGGUUGCAGUGUGUCUACUGCUGGGGCUGUGUGACGGCUGCGUCAUCACCCUCAUGGCCCCUGUGACAUUUGAACUGGUGGGCCCCCAGAGAGCCUCCCAGGCCAUCGGCUACCUGAUGGGCCUCAUGGCCCUCCCCAUGACCGCCGGACCCCCCCRCGCAGGGCUACUCCAUGACCACUUUGGAGAUUACCACAUGGCCUUCUACCUGGCUGGGGUUCCUCCCAUGAUCGGAGGUGUCCUGCUCUUCUUUGUCCCGAAUGUUCAUCAACGCCUGCUGGAGGGCCAGCAAGAAACCCUCCCCAGACCCAGCCCUGACCUCCAGCUAUCCCCUCCUGGCUCUGACCACCAGUACCCUCCCAUCCCUGGUCACCAGCUGCCCCCAACCAGCCCUGAC